CGUGACCGUAGCCCCCAGUUCUCCGCUCAGUGAUUCCAAGCGAGCGCGACAGCGAGUCGCUUCGGAGCCGCUCGCCGGGCCCACGAGGCAUGCCCGUCGUCUCGCCGCCCGCCGUCCCACCGCGGCAACGGACGAUGCCGCCGGAGCAACAGGCGUGAAAGAAACCGAGCAGCAUGGUGUUCUUCGGCCGCGACGCCGAGUCCGCCAGCGUACUCAUGUUCCAACCCGAGUUAACCACCAACAUCACCGACAUCCUCGUUCCAACCCUGACUGUCUCUCAAGCCCCGGCAGAUGACCUUCUGGCCCACCCGUUCUUGCUGCAUCUAGUCAGCACUGCCACGGCGUCAGUUCUCGGCAUUGUCCUCAACGGCUACAUCCUAAUCGUGCUCAUCUGGAACAAGCACUUUCAAACGGCCAACAACUUGCUCCUGCUUCACCUUGCCUUCGUGGACACCCUGUUUUGCGUGGUGGUUCUCGGGACUAAUAUCGCGUUCUGGGCGCUCCCUUCGACGACGGAUGAACUGUCUUCCGCUUGCCAAGCUCAUGGCGCUGUGUGGACUUCCCUCCCCGUUGUUAUGGUAUGGACCUUGUGCGGGUUAAGCUGUGACCGCUACGCGGCGAUCUCAACUCCGCUCCACUACUCCAGACUAGUCAACACUCGACGAGCGUCCGUGUUCCUCAUCGUCUCCUGGAUGCUCGGCGUCUCUCUAGCCAUUCCCCCGUUGGCCCGUAUUUGCAGCUACGUCUACCAGCCAGCCCGAUGUGCUUGCAUCUCGCACUGUCCGGGCACGAGCCCAGUGGAACUGGGCUACGCUUUCACCUACGUGUGGGUCGUCAUCGUCUUCCCUGUAACUAUCAUCCUCAUCUGUAAUCUGCACGUCCUCACCAUUGCCCGCUAUCACCGACAUCGCAUCGUGGCCGCCAUCUACGAAGUAACGUUACGGGCGCAAGCGACGGUCACCCACCAGCGUAACCCCUGGUACCUCUCCAAGUUCAAAGGCCGCAACGCGGUGUUCACCAUCAUCCAACUGUUCGGCUCCCUCGCGCUGCUCACUGCACCGUACUUCGGGGUUUUGUCCUGGGAAGCGGCGACGGGCAAACGCAUCCACGAGGUGGUCGCGUCUGUGACUACUGUCCUGCUGUGCUGGACGCCGUCUGUGAACGCUUACGUGUACGGCGUCAAGAGUCGCGUUCUGCGACAGACUUUCAAAAACCUCUUGCGGCGCCACUUCUACAAGCAAGAGGUGACUCGGGAGGUGGAUAGGAGACUCUCGAUGUGCGCGGCGGUGGCCCCAGGUGGGAAACCGAAACUGAUCCGACGGUUCUCCGCUCCGGACAUGGUAGGGAACACCACUAAGAAGCAGGGUAAAGGAUUUUUGCCGCGCCGGGCGUCCGAAAAGUGUAUGGUGUUAACGGGGUUGCGAACGCCGCCGACCAGGAUGGCGCUGUCUACCAGGAGGUCGGCCCUGAGGCUGGACGGGCAGCCGAGUAGGGUGUCCGUGUUUCCGCUUAUUCUCGAGAACGGACUGAGCGAGGACGAGCAGUUCGGAAACAACAACAACGAUGACGAAGACGAUGACUCGAGGUCACCUUCCCGACACACGCCGGAUUCUACUAUUACGAGGCCCUUUACGGUGUGACGGACUCCGCAGACGGCAUGGAAAAGAUCGGAACUGGCGUCCAGUGCUUCUCCAGUGUCUCUUUCAACGGGGGUAUUUAUCUAUUUAUGGGGACAAUACAAUAUAGGAGGUCUUCCUCCAGUGAUACUUUUUUUUUUUUUUU